AUGGCAGCGCCGUCCGGAGAGGCGUGCGGGCUCCUGGAGCGCUCCGUCCGGCAGCGGGUCCCGCCGCUGCUCACCGACCUCUACCAGUUCACCAUGGCCUACGCCUACUGGCGGGCCGGCCGCCACCGGGAGCCCGCCGUGUUCGAGCUCUUCUUCCGGGACAACCCGUUCGGCGGCGGCUUCUCGCUGUUCGCGGGGCAGCACGACUGCCUGCUGUUCCUGCGCAGCUUUCGCUUCACGGAGGAAGAUGUGGAGUUCCUGCGCUCCGUCCUGCCCUGCUCCACCGACCCCGCCUUCUUCCAGUUCCUGCGAGGCCUGGACUGUUCGGGCGUGACGCUGCGCUCCGUCCCCGAGGGCACGGUGGUGUUCGCCAGGGUGCCUCUGAUGGAGGUGGAGGGUCCGCUGGCUGUGGUCCAGCUGCUGGAGACCAGCUUACUGUGUCUGGUCAACUACGCCAGUAACGCCGCUCGUUUCCGGCUGGCCGCCGGACCGGGCAGGAAGCUGCUGGAGAUGGGCCUCCGGAGAGCUCAGGGACCAGACGGGGGCCUGACAGCCUCCCGAUACACACACAUAGGAGGGUUUGAUCUCACCAGUAACGUGCAGGCCGGCUUCCUGUUUGGGAUCCCCGUCGCUGGGACCAUGGCGCACUCGUAUGUCACCUCCUUCAGCUCCCUGGAGGAGGUGUGUCCACAGACCCUUGUGGCAGCGAAUGGGGACGCUGGUCCAGUUGAUGUCAUCUCCCUAACCAAAGGCUGGCUGAGUCGAGUGUGUGAGCUUCUUGGAUCAGAGCCCGCCAAGAUCCGGGAGGGCGAGCUGGCUGCUUUUCUGUCGUACGGCAUCGCAUACCCUCAGAAUUUCCUCCCUGUGAUUGACAGCUACAGCGUUGGCUGCAGUGGCCUGCUGAACUUCUGCGCCGUGGCCCUGGCGCUGAGCGAGCUCGGCUACAGGCCUGUGGGCGUUCGUCUGGACAGCGGAGACCUCUGCGGGCAGUCCGUGGAAGUCCGCCGCGUCUUCAGACUCUGCAGCCAGCAUUUCUCCGUCCCCGCCUUCGAUUCCCUGAUCAUCGUAGGGACCAAUAACAUCUCAGAGCAGAGCAUGGCUGAGCUCAACAGGAAGGAGAACGAGAUCGACGUGGUCGGCGUGGGAACGCAUCUGGUCACGUGCACCAAACAGCCGUCCCUGGGCUGCGUGUACAAGCUCACGCAGCCGCUGUGCAGCGCUGCAGAAACCAGAGCAAAGGUCCAGAGCUCCCUCCAGACGCUGAGCCCUCGACACAAGAGGCUGCAGGAGCCAGACGCCUACACGGUGGCGCUGUCGGAGACACUCCACAACCUGGUUCAAGAGCUCCAGAAAUGCAGCAGUGACAGCAACAACUUCCUUUUAGCCAACUAA